AUGUGUCUUAGGAAAACCGGCCAAUACAGCUCAAUAUGGGAUUGUGCUGGUCAGUUGUAUCGAACACAUGGAUGGAGAGUCUUCUAUCGGGGUUACGUACCAAACUUACUUGGUAUAUUGCCUUACGCAGGCGUCGAUAUGGCUCUUUAUGAAACCUUCAAACAUUUGGCCACCAACUGGAAUCAACCUCUCUCCGUUAAAGCCGAGUCCGUUGGCCGGACUGGAGAUUCUGGUUCAACAAAGCUACCCUUGGUGCCACCAGUCGUCAUUUCGCUCUGUUCAGGCGCAUUGUCCUCUGUAUGUGGACAAGUUGCCACUUAUCCUCUUGCUUUAGUCAAGACAAAACUUCAGGCGCAGUCCUCUAUUACAGAGAAUGUUGAAAAGGUAGUCAUUUAUCUAAAUGUUUAUGCACGACUUUAUUAUAAUCACCCAGGCAAAAGGCCAUGA